AUGGCGGGUGCUCGGCUUGGCAAAGCAAGCAGAGGCAAGACAGAGGCGUACAACGGAGGCAGACAAAGACCAGCAGAGGCAGGCAAGCCGAGGCAGAGACCGAGAAAGAGAAAGGCAGGGCGAAGGCAGUAUGCGGCAGCAGUAAUUUGGGUUCUUCAUCCUCAGCCUGCGCAAGAUCCGUUUGAGUUGGCCGCCCCCCAUUGGACUACCCAAGGUGCGGUGGCAUCCACCCAGGUUGAAGAUACCUGGGUUGGGAUGGAAUCCUUGUGGAAAUUGACCUACUUGCUCGAGCCGGCAUCACUUGCUCUAAUUGCCACAGCCAUUUCUGUGGCCUAUGCAUCAGCAUCGCGUGCUCUGGACUAUGGCAAAGAGAUGGAGAGGAACUUGGAUUUUUCAGAGGCUUCCAUUACAUUGGAUCGGUCGCAGGCUCUAAUGAUUCCCCUUGCAAGCUCAUGCAGUCUGUUGCUGAUGUUCUACUUGUUCUCGUCUGUCUCACAUCUCGUGACUGCUUUUACUGCUGUGGCCUCAGCGAUGACACUGUUCUUUUGCCUGUCUCCACACAUCACCUAUCUCAAGACACAAUUCAAUCUAAUGGACCCAUUCGUGUCCAGGUGUUGUUCAAAGUCAUUUACACGAUUGCAAGGUUUGCUGAUGCUCUUCUGCAUAGCCACAGUCUUAGCCUGGUUGGUUUCAGGGCAUUGGUUGCUAAAUAACGUACUGGGGAUUUCCAUAUGUAUAGCGUUUGUCAGCCAUGUGAGGCUUCCCAACAUAAAGAUCUGUGCGCUGCUUCUUGCCUGCUUGUUUGUGUAUGAUAUUUUCUGGGUGUUCUUCUCAGAAAGGUUCUUUGGAGCAAAUGUCAUGGUCUCUGUUGCCACUCAGAAGGCAUCUAAUCCUGUUCACACAGUAGCAAAUAAGCUCAGCCUGCCUGGGUUGCAAUUGAUUACAAAGAAGCUGGAGCUUCCUGUCAAGCUUGUAUUUCCCAGGAAUUUGUUGGGUGGGAUUGUUCCAGGAAGCAAUCCUGGUGACUACAUGAUGCUUGGCCUUGGAGACAUGGCCAUUCCAGGGAUGCUUCUAGCUCUGGUACUCUUUUUUGAUAACCGGAAGUUCAAGGAUGUGAAUGUUCCAUCAGACAUGUCUCCUCCAAAACGGCGGAAUUAUGUGUGGUAUGCUCUAACAGGGUAUGGCAUUGGGUUGGUAGCUGCACUAGCUGCUGGGAUCUUGUCUCAGUCUCCCCAACCAGCCUUACUGUACUUGGUGCCAUCGACACUGGGGCCUGUCAUGUACUUGUCAUGGUUACGGAAUGAGCUGUGGGAGCUAUGGGAAGGGUCUGGGACGAUUCUAAAUGAGAAAGCUCGUUUGCUGGAGGUCUGA